GGUGGAAUUCGAACCUGAAGAACCUGGUCAAGCUCUCAUCUGGGCUGCCCAGGACUGGUCCUGCACUCUCUCCGGCUCCUGCAGCAUCUCAACAGAAGAUGUCUCUGGCCAAUAGUAGCCCUAGGGCUGUUCUGCUGGGAGUCCUCCUGCUGGUCUCGCUGAUAGUCCAGAACCCAGUCAGAAGUCAGCUGACCCCUGCUCCUGUGCAGACAUGCCACAGCUUCCACUGCUUCGGAGAGAUGUGCUACCAGGAGGCAAAGUUCUCCAACCAAAUGGCAGAGUGCGAACCUGGGCAGCACCACUGUGAGUUGAUUCAACUCAACACUUCCCACUACAUGGCCCGGUGCAGCCACAGCUGUGAGAGGGGAUAUGAAACUGGUCUCAGCCCUUGCCAGCUGGCCAGCACCUCUGCUCCCAGCCCAAGCCCCUGCUCUCUGCAGUGCUGCAGCGAUGGCCCACACUGCCUGGCGCUCAAUGAGUUGGCCUUGGAUCUAGACCACCUGAUUGUCCCAGAGGACAAGUUGGUCCCCACUCCACCAGCCCCCAACAGAAAUGAGAAAGUCUGUGCCACCUUCUCCUGCCUAGGCAGUGAGUGCUUCAAAGGGCAGAAAGCUGUGGCCAUGUGCCCUAAGGGCUUGGACUUCUGUGAGCUGAACCGGUCCAGCUCAGGCUACACUGCAGGUUGCAGCCAGGCCUGUGCGUCAAGUAUCUACAGGUGUCAUGGGGCCAUGGCUCAGGCCUGCUCUCAGGAGUGCUGCCAAGCGUCAGCUUCAGGCAGCUGCCUGCAGCUGGAUGGGAACCUUCACUUCAACCGGCACCUGGACCUGACUGUGGUGCCCUCCAAGGUGGCAGGGCCUCAGCCCCAAUCCCAAGGAGAGGCCGGAGUUUUUCUGGAAAAAUAG